AAAGAUGUAUGAAGUUAAAGAUUAUUUAAGUUAAAAAAAAAUAUUUGUCUCAUGUUGUUUAAUAUUCAAUAAAUCAGCAUUUUAUUGUUACAUGUCAUUUAGUUAAUAUACUGUUAAUAGCUGCCUCUGAUAUAUGGUGGAGAUAUCAACAGGAAGGAAGUGAGCCGGGAUCAAAAUGGCCAUAGUUAGGCAUUUUUUAUUGUACAUACAGCACCGAGUGAAGUAAACCUGUACCCUCAAAGGUUGCCAUGGUGGAGGUACAGCUGGAGCCGGAUCAUAAGUAUCCCCCAGGGCUGCUCAUAGCCUUCAGUGCCUGCACUACGGUUCUGGUUGCAGUACACCUCUUUGCCCUCAUGAUCAGCACCUGCAUCCUCCCUAAUCUUGAAGCUGUCAGCAACGUUCACAACCUCAACUCCGUCAACGAGUCUCCCCACGAGCGCAUGCACCGCCACAUAGAACUGGCCUGGGCUUUCUCCACAGUCAUCGGCACCCUCCUCUUCCUGACAGAGGUAAUGCUCUUGUGCUGGGUGAAGUUCUUACCCCUCAAAAAUAACACAGAAGAAAAGAAUGGCACCAUAAGUUCCGGUGAGGCUGCAGCCAUCGCUUCAACUUGCAUCAUGGUGCCAUUUGGAAUUGUUUUUAUUGUGUUUGCCGUCCACUUUUACCGCACACUCGUCAGCCACAAAACGGACCGACAGAUCCGAGAGCUGGAGCAGGUCAUCCGGCUCCAGAACCAGCUGGACCACAGGGCUGAGAACGACGACCUGAAGGCAGCUGUUCAUUUCCCUUGAUUAUAGUCAGUCAGCACACAACAACAGCAGACAUUCAGCUGUGCUUUUAUUGUGAAAUUUCAUCUUAAAGCUGUAUUUUUAAUGUUUAUGAACUAUAUGCUCAGAUGCCUUUUUCAAAAUUGCAAGUUUCAUCUGUCAAGCUCUGCAGGUUUCAACUCAGUCCACUUUUGGAUAACACAUGUUCCCAAACUUCUACACAUUAUAUACAAGGAAAAUGGUUUUACUUCUAACUUGAAAGUAUAUCAUUUGCUCUCAGGCGCUGACAUUUCAGUGGCUUGCAGAAUGACAAGUCAUAUCGCAUUGUAACAUUACACAUUUUAAGGCUAAAGUCUCUAAAGGACUUCACGUUGGCGCUUGAGUGCAUUGGAGUGAUAUGCAUUUGUUUAGCUUUUUUAUAAAGGUAAAUAGGUGGCUACUGGUUUUACAGGACAACUGUAUUAUAUAGUAAUGAAUAAUAAGUUUCUGUUUAGAUGUAAACAACAAUAGAAAAGAGGACUUAAUAUCAACCACAGUUGUAGAGUCUGGGUCAAACUGAAGAUCCAUAUCAGAUCCAAACAAUAACAGUAAAUUGAAAAGUGCCUUUCCUUGUUUGAAUGUGACUCAACAAGGCCACAACUUCUUUUCAGUAGUCAUUUAAAUGAUGUCUGCAGCAAAGGCUGGUUUUAGUUCAGGUAGAAACUCAAGUGGUGCUGUUCUUUCUGUGGUUUUCUUUCAGUAAUUUGCUGGUCUAUUUAAGUUGUCAAACUUCAGAGUUUAUUCUGUGCUGCUUAUGGAGGUAUACUGUAAAACUCGUCACCACUGCAGCAUCCACCUUUUGCCUUAAUAGCCUUGUGAUUUGAUUUGAUUUCUGCUGUUCUUACAUGUGCCUGGCUUUAAAUGAGGCUUUGUAGGGAGCAUUACCAAGCCUUUAUUGUCAAUACAGUUGUUCAUAUUUAAAAUGUGAAUUGUCAGAAUGAAAUAUCAAUAACAUUAGAAUCACUGACUGCUUUCUUCAAAACCAAAAUUAUGGAACAAGUUGCAUCGUUUUAAAACAUUUACUAGUCCUUAGUGCUUUGGUUUGGUGGACAAACAUGUCCUUCCUCAUUGGACUGAAAGGUUGCUUGAGGGAACGUUUUAUUUUGCCCUAGUUACGGUUGUUUUGGGCUUUGUCAAAUCCCUGCCCCUUUCCUUCUCCCUUACGAACAUUUUUCAGUCUUCUGAACAAUCAAAAUUUUAUUAUUUGCAUAACCCUCAUUUUGAAGCGUGCAUAGGAAAAUUAAGACUUGUUUAGGUCUUUAAUAAAACAAAUGGGACAAAUUAAUGUUAACAUCCAACAGUAUUUGUGUGCAAUCUGAGGCAACAGGAACCUUUCUUAAAAAUAAAUGCUGGUCAGUGAAUGCUUUUAACCAAAGUGUGUUAUUGCAGUGCACAUACGGUAUUUUUAUAGCAAGAGUUUGUUGGGAAUCAAAAUUAAUAUUUAAGAGCAACAUUUUGAGCCUGAUGGUCUGUGUUUAAGCCUCAUUUUUCUUCUUUCAGAGGAGUCAUGGUCUUGUAAAAUCAAUCUCGGGUAAAAAAAAAAAAAAAAAACGAGAAAUUUGUUUGAUUUCAUGUUGCAUUUGCAAUUCUAACAUAUUGUAAUCCAAAAAUAAGUUAUUGGUUUCAAAGAAGUAUUGUUUAAUGUAUUAUUACAAAGCAUGCAUGUAUUUGAAAUGUUGUGUAUACAUUUUUUUUUUGUACUUUUCAUAGUUUACAAGCUUGAGCAUGUUCACACAUUGUCUAGAUUACAGAUUUGUGUGGAAUAUACUGCAGGGUUCGGUUUUUUUGUCCUGUGGCACAUUGUUGAAUUGUUUUACGUGGGUUUGACCAUUUUCUUCACUUUUCUUUUUGUCUUUACUUAAAAAUUGGUACAAAACUCAAAUGAAGAAAUGUGCAAACAUUUAGGGCUGGAUGGCAAUUCAUUAUUAUCAGUUAUUCUCUCAUGUGAAGCUGUCAUGAUAGAAUUUCAGUAUCAGUAUAUCAUAUCCCUAAAUAUGUUGAAUUAGCAAAAUCUUACACAACUUGAGAUUUUAAAUAUUUGAGAAUAAUUAUAUUUUGUAUUUAGGCCUUUGGUCAACAAACAGUGCAACCAUUUUUAAUCCAUUUGAUGAACGUGAGUUUGCAUUUUUAUCGUGAUUUAUUGAAUUCUUAACUGAAUAUUGUGACAUACUGUAUUAUACAAAGGUAGCACUAUGGUCGCUAUUCCAAUAUCAGUUUUGUCUUUUUUUCACCACCCCCUACACAUGGUUCAUGAUGAGUCAUGGUAAAGUAAUAGUUUCUUUAGACCACAAGCUCCCUAAAUUUGCAUUGGAAUUGUCCUGACCAGAUGAUAAUAUCUCUGGGACACAUAGCAGAGAACGAGGAGCCACAAGGAGUUAGUAACAUACAGACUGUUUAGUAAAAUGAUGGUGAUUCUUUAAUACUUUUUUUUUUUUUUUUUUUUUUUAAACGGAUUUUAAAAAAAGGGGUUUAUGCUGGUCAACUGCACACACACUGGGACACUUCUGAUAGGAAUAUUCUACAUGUGCCUUCUUUAAAAACAGCUCAGUGCAAGUAAGGCAUGCUUCGUGGUGGUUUUUGUGGUUUAUUUGUUUAACCCAGUGUAUGUUACUGUAUAUAGAGAAGUACCACUGUUUGUGUGAAUGCACAGCUUCAAAGUGAUUUAUCAGCAAAUAUUGUAUUUUUAAGUGUAAUUUAUGUGUGCUGUUAGCAGCUCAAGAAACUGCAGCUCUUUAAUCUGGUAACAUACACCAGGACUCUUGUUGCCAGUCUGAAUAAAAUACA